AUGGCGAAGACUUUCUGGAUUUCCUGGGAGGACGAGGGCUCCGAGAGCAGCUUUCAAUUGUCAGUCCUGCCGGAGCUGAGUGCGGCAGAUCUUAGCUGCUGCGUAAGGGAUCGGCUGGGGCUAGUGCCCUCCGUUCCCUUCUACCUCACCGAGGAGAGUCGAAAGACGGGCCCUGCGCUGCCUUUGUCUCCGGCGCUGCCGGACGGCAGUCGGCUGCGGCUGGUGCUACCGAUGGGCAAGAGCCCCUUCCCGGCACCGGGCGUUGCCCCUGCGGCCCCGGCCUCGGCCGGCGGCACGGCACCGGCGGCGGCCGCUGCGGAUACGCAGAAUUGCUGCGUGGCCGAGCCCGGGGACCCCAAGCAGAUCAGCACGGACCUCGCCAACGAGCGCACGCUGCUGGCCUGGCUGCGCACCGGCCUGGCCGCCAUCCGGACCGUGUUCUCCUUCGCCACGCUUUCUGGACUGACUAAAGGUGAGCUCCUCCUUGACGUGGUGGUGACCCUUAUCUUGUCCUUCUCGGGCCUGGCGACUCUGACCGUUGGCCGUGCGCACGGGAUCUCUUCGCCAGCGCUUGGCGAUUGGGCCGCUCUACUCCGCCUUCAUCAUCGUGGCAGCGGUUUGCCUUCUGGGCACGCUGUGGCGACAGCCAAAGCGCUUUGCCAAGGAGGAUGGGCCUGA